CAGUGUUGAGAAGUCAGAUUAUUUGAUCCUUCCGGACAGGCAUAAAAGAACAACCGUCCCCAGCACCACACCCCACCGGCCCACCCUCGGAUCCCCCCCGCACCGGUGACCUGAGAAACAAACCAGCCCAGAUCCACAGCUCCCCGUCGAUCGCCGGUCUGUUCCGAUGGCUAUGGGAACUUCUCCUCAGCUCUACCGCCGGCUCAGGAAGGCCUCCGAUAUCUCUAUCGUCACCACCGCUUUCUCGUCGUCCAAACGAAUGCAUAUGAGCAAGGAAUACAUCAGUUGCUGUGAGGACAAGAUCAGCAGCUUACCUGAUGAGAUACUGAUCAUGAUCCUUGAAAAGCUAGAUGCACGCACAACACUAACCACCACUAUCCUUUCAAAGCGGUGGCUGGAUCUUCCCCGACGAUCACACACAUGUUAUGAUCUUUCCGUUCAUGAAAUUCUUCCUCCACGCUACCACAGGAUAAAGAAAAAAACCAUGGAGACUAAGGCGGGGUACGAGGCAGAGAAGAAAGCGCAGAAUCUGACUGACAUUUAUGCUUUUAAAGACAAGUACGAACGAUAUCAUGCCAUCAGGGACCGGCACGAGCGGUGGAUGGGGAAAGUCCAUCUGCUCACAUCCAUCCUGCAACGUUACGAGCGUCGGGCCAUGCGAUGCUAUGUUAAACGGGUCAACGCAUUCCUUCUGGCUCCUGACAGUGUUCAGCAGAGGUCUAUCCAGAAGUUGAGGCUUCAAAUGUUUGAGGCGAGUAGUUUCAUUGAUCAAUGGAUUAUGGCAGCGAUUGGCAGAUGGGGGGUUGAGGAUUUGGAGCUUGUCAUUGAAAACUCUAGCUGGUGCUAUGACUUUCGGCUUUUGGAUGGAUGCCAGAAUGUGCGGCUGAAACGGCUUGUGCUGUCCGGUUGCUAUCAUCAUAGUGCAACGAACUCUUUGGUGUUACAGGGGCUCACAACACUCACUCUAUGCAAAACAAGUUCAACGAUGUUACACGCUUAUGAUAUUCUGAGAAACUGUGUUCAGUUGAUAGAUUUGAGGCUAGAAGAAUGUAGUUAUGACCGAGGUGCUUUUCAUAUCAAUGUUCCGGCAUCAAAGUUAAAGAAUCUUCAAUUGGACAACUGUAACAUUGGGAAAAUAUAUCUGACUUUGCUCCCUUGCCUCGAGACAUUUGCUUGUCGGGGUCAGCCGGCCAAAAUAUACUACGGUGUGGUGCCUCGACUUAAGCACGUGAGUUUGGACUUCAUGCCUACUGGAGAUCAUGGCGAGGAUGAUUCCUCUGGCAGUAACUGGACAUAUCCACUAAGCAAAUUCUUCAAAGGGUUGCCGCCACCGCUAGACUACCUUGUUUUGCAAAUGAGAGGGCGUCAGAUGUGGAUUGAACCAACCAUUAUUCCCGGUCAGUUCAAUCAUCUCAAGAAGUUGUUCAUUGCAAACAUGCCAAUGAACUGGGAUACAUUCUGGAUUCUCAUCCUACUUGGUGCCGCACCUGCCUUGGAGUCGCUUCAUGUCCAUAUUGAUAAAAGUGCAGAGAUGGCAAAUGCUGGAUCGCUAGAUGUCAAAGUGGAGCACCGUCAGCACCAUCACUUGAAAGAACUAGUGGUCAUCGGCUUCGAGGGAGUGGGGUGGCAAACCAGCUUUGUGAAGCAGAUCAUGGGCAUGUCGCCGAGGCUGAUGUGCGUCCAUCUUUUUGAUGGGCGCGUUGUUGAAAACAAAGAGCGUGGGCUCUGGGGCCUGGAGAUAGAUCCCCAUCAGCGGGAAUGGCAUGAGUGUGAUAGAUCGGAGGUGCUUGAUGACCUUAGAGACGGGAGCAGCUUGCCAUAUCUUGAAAUAGUUUUAGAAUGACCUGUUAUAAGUUUUUGUGUUGGUGGUCUCCUUUUCAGGCUUAUAACUUUUAUCCUGUAUGUUUUUGGAAAAAACGCUUUAUCAUGUAUGCAUGCCAUGCGGCAACAUCUGACAAUGAUGGCUUGAUAGAAAGAAGAACAUUUACUGUAUUAUUUAUAUGGGUAUCUCU